AUGUACAGGGUAGGUUUGGGCAACCGCAAGCGAACCAUUCGAGAAUAUCCAGUUCGUGUGUCCUUGACUUUAGUCGUGAAUGGGAGAAGCCAGUGUGCGAAUUUCUUUUUGGCAACAAGUUAUCGCUUGUUCAUCAUGAUGCUAUGUUUCGUAUUGGCAUCGGUCGCAUGGCUGGGGACGCUCUCUGGCGCGUGCGCCGACGAAGCGGAAGGUAUCCCGUUCAAGUUCCGACCACACGGCCCUAAAUUAGAAGCCAAAAUCUACACGCCGGUUCGUCACCGGAUUCCGGGAGACGAAGUUCUCUACAAUGCCGCAUCAUUCCCCAACCCAUUCGUCGAACCGCAGAAGUGCACCUUCUCCACAACGGCCACACACUCUUGGUUAUGCGACCCCGACCACCUUCUUACACCUCAGGAGCAGUCCACACUCGAGUCUCGGCUUAUGAAGCUUCGAGACUCGACAGAGCAUGACUGUCCAGACGGCCGAAGGCACUUUUAUCAGGCAGCGGUCGCGGUGGCCCACGAUAUCUAUGUGCCCGAGGAUCAGAUUCCACAGCAGGCGGCCGACGAAAUGGCUCAUGCACUUCUUCGACAGUGGGGAAUCGGCAACCGCGGUUGCCAUGACGGCAUGCUCCUCUUAUUUGUCAAAAAGCGAGAUUUAGCCGCCCUUGCUAAGCGAGAGGGGGUAGAGCCGGAGUACAUAACAGAGGCAUUUACCACCAUCCUCAAGGCACGAAUGCACCUUGCAUACGUAGCCUCUCAGUCAGCGGGAGACGCUGUCAUAAGCGGAGUCGACAUGCUAAACUAUCAAUUGCCUGCUACCAGAGCAGGGCCCGGAUGGGUGGCGACAGUCAUUAUAUCUCUCGCAGCUCUCUACGUCCUUUCUGUCCUGGUGGUAUACUUUGCAAUCAGCAGGUUUAUGAUGAAAGAGGCGCACGCGGGAGACGAAUAGUGGCGUUUGCCAUUCAGAAAUAAACCCUUCUUCACGUGCAUCCAGAAGAGCACAUAACUUAUUCGUGGCGCAAACAGCACCGGGCUAAACGGAUCCUGUCAUUAGUGAAUUAAUAUGGCCACCCUCAGUGGGGCGCCGGAACAUGGCCAUCGACGUAAAAGUUCCGCGUUAUCUGCGGAAGACGAAUCUUUGCGUUAUUCAGAUCGGGCGUGACAUGAAUUUGACACCCAAGUCGUGAGCUGCAGAAACACCCAGCAGCACCAUCCCAGUAGCUAAGACCAAUUUUGAGCUGUAUUUCCUUGACACGAGCCGAAACUCAAUCCCAACAG